AUGGCGUCUUCACGAGGCCAGGUUCACACGCCCGGCGAGGCCAUCGCGAGAAUCGCAUAUCUUGCGAGCGAUGUCGUCGUCUCCGUUCAGCCUUCUCAGGCUAACGACUCAGAGUUCUCGUCGCACCUGAAGCGCUACGAGGCGCGCAAGGGCAAGAGCUUGGUGGCCAAGGGCCCUGGUGCUGUUCCCGAGAUUCACGCUGUCAGGCACAACGCCGACCCUCUCCUCUCCGUCUUCGCCCCCAUCCGCGCCGGCAAGCUCGUCUCCGUCACCACGAGCUCCACCACUCUCGUCCCCUCCAUCACUCACCUCUACAAGCUGGCCAACUUCCCCGUUGUCAUCCACGUCUCUCUUCAGCCUGCCGGCUUCCCCGACUACUCAGCCAUCACCGCCAUUCGCAAUGCCGGAUGGACCUUCUUGCAGUCUGAGAGCCUGCAGGAGGCCCAAGAUCUGGCCCUGACUGCCCACGCCCUGGCUCUGCGCUCCGGCAAGGGUGUCAUCCACUUCUUCGCCACGGCGUCGUCUGACGACGAUGAGCCCAUUGACGCUGAGGAUAUUGACGUUGUCAGGGAAGUCCUCGACCUCGACACCGCCCGCAGGUUCCAGUCCAGCGCCGACGCCGGCUCUGGCAUCUACGCCGACGACGGCAGGGUCCCUGUGGCCUCAGACCGCUCCGACCUGCCUGCUACCAAUGGCUCUGCUGCAGCCGACCUCAGCGCCUCUGUCCACUCCAAGUUCGACUCGGCGCGCGCCUCCGAGCUGUCGAGUCAGCACAGCACCACGAGCAGCCCCCCCUCGGUGACCUCAGCCGCCACCACCAUUGAGUCGUCGGCUCCUCCCGUCACCUCUGAGGACAUUCUCCGCUACACAAACGCCAUCUGGGCCCACAUCAAGAGGCUUGUCGGCCGCGAGUACACCCCCUUCUACUACGCUGGUCCCACCAACGCUGAGAACUGCCUGUUCGUCUUUGGCUCGGGCGCCUACUACUUCGGCGAUGUCAUUGACCAAGCCCGCCGCGGCGGCGACUUCUCCAAGGUCGGCAUCAUCGCCCCUAGGCUGUACCGCCCCUGGCUCGGUGCCUCCUUUGUCGAGGCCCUCCCCAAGACCGUCAAGAGGAUCGCUGUCCUCGAGCAGAUUCACAGGAGGACGACCAAGUGGGGACCCGUCCUCGUCGAUGUCCUCACGAGCGUCAAGAGCGGGUUUGGUGGUGUCGAGACCAUCGUCGGCUACCAGCUUGGCUACAUUGACCCCAAAACCGUCACCCAGGCUCUGCGCGGUGUCCUGCAGAACUUGACCUCGGAGAAGCCCAUUCAGAACCUCGAGGUUGGGCGCAAGGAGGCCCCCAAGCAGGAGCUCGAGUAUGGACUCGAGAAGCCCAAGAUUGAGACCGCCUACACCAAGAUUCUCGAUCAGCUUUUCGGCCAGCGCGUCUACCUCGCCAACGCUCUCAAGUCGAGCACCGCCGGUAUCUCCUCGACCAUUGUUUCGAGCCCUGAGUUCGGCUUCGGUUCGCUCAUCGCCCGCAAGGAACACCGCGCUCGUUUCGUCAACGAGGUCAAGGAGGCUGCCAACAGCAAGGCCUUCAUCACCGAAUCCCCCAAGAGCUGGCUUGCUCGCUGGGCUAGCAACGCCCACGACGCGAAGGUCGCCGGCGAGGUUGCCGACGAUGUCAUCUCGCGUCUCGAGACUGACGGCUCCUCUCUGGCCCGUAAACUGCUCGAGGACAAGCGUCUGUUCCGCAAGGAGUCUCUCUGGCUCGUUGGUUCCGAUGCCUGGUCGUACGAUCUCGGCAAUUCUGGUGUCCACCACGUUCUUGCCUCGGGCGAGAAUGUCAACAUGCUCAUCAUCGACUCCACUCCCUACUCUGAGCGUGCUGCCGCUGACGCUAACCGCCGCAAGAAGGACAUUGGUCUGUACGCCAUGAACUUCGGCAACGCCUACGUUGCCUCAACGGCUGUCUACAGCUCUUACACGCAGGUUCUGCAGGCGAUGCUUGAGGCCGACCAGUUUGAUGGCCCCUCCGUCGUCCUCGCUUACCUGCCGUACUUCGGCGAGCACGAGACCCCCCUCACCGUGCUCCAGGAGACCAAGAAGGCCGUCGAUGUCGGCUACUGGCCCCUGUACCGCUGGAACCCGCAGAACGAGGCCAAGGGCGAGCCCAACUUCUCGCUCGACUCGGAGCACAUCAAGAACGAGCUCAAGGAGUUCCUCAAGCGCGACAACCAGCUGACGCAGCUCAUGAACAAGGACCCCGCCUUUGCCGCCAACCUGGCGCAAGACUUUGGUACCGAGGUUCGCGCCCAGCAGAAGAGGAAGGCCAAGGAUGCCUACGACGCCCUUCUCGAGGGUCUCCUCGGCGCUCCCCUGACCGUCCUGUUCGCUUCCGACAACGGCAACGCCACCUCCGUGGCCAAGCGUCUGGCCAACCGUGGCAAGGCCCGCGGUCUCAAGACCCAGGUCAUGUCGAUGGAGGACUACCCCCUCGAGGAUCUUCCUUCAGAGGAGAACAUCGUGUUCGUUACCUCGACCGCUGGUCAGGGUGAGUUCCCCCAGGACGGCCAUGCCUUCUGGGAAUCCAUUAAGGACAACACGGAGCUCGACCUCGCCAACGUCAACUACUCCGUCUUUGGUCUCGGUGACAAGCACUACUGGCCCCGCAAGGAGGACAAGAUCUACUACAACAAGCCGGCCAAGGACCUCGACCGCGUGCUCAGCAACCUCGGCGGUAAGAGGCUCGCUGAUGUCGGCCUUGGUGAUGAUCAGGACCCUGAUGGCUACAAGACGGGCUACCAGGAGUGGGAGCCCAAAAUCUGGCAGGCGCUCGGCGUCGACAAUGUCGAGGGUCUUCCCGAGGAGCCUGCUCCCAUCACCAACGAGGACAUCAAGAUUGCCUCCAACUUCCUUCGUGGUACCAUUGUCGAGGGACUCGCCGACACCUCGACUGGUGCCAUCUCGGCCUCUGACCUGCAGCUCACCAAGUUCCACGGCACCUACAUGCAGGAUGACCGUGACCUUCGCGAUGAGCGCAAGGCUCAGGGUCUCGAGCCCGCCUACUCUUUCAUGAUUCGUUGCCGUCUGGACGGUGGUGUCGCGACGCCCCUUCAGUGGGUGCAGAUGGACGACAUUAGCAACACGCUCGGUAACGAGACGAUGAAGCUGACGACGCGCCAGACGUUCCAGUUCCACGGCAUCGUCAAGGGCAAGCUCAAGCCUGCCAUGCAGGCCAUCAACCGCGCUCUCAUGACGACUAUUGCGGCGUGCGGUGAUGUCAACCGUAACAUCAUGUGCAGCUCGCUCCCCACGCAGUCUGCCUUCCACAAGGAGGUCUGGAAAUACUCACAGGUCAUCAGCGACCACCUGCUGCCUCAGACCACGGCCUACCACGAGAUUUGGCUCACGGACGACGACAACAAGAAGACCCAGGUGGCUGGCAACGCCGUGCAGGACUUUGAGCCUCUCUACGGCCCCACCUACCUGCCGCGCAAGUUCAAGAUCACCAUGGCCAUUCCUCCCCACAACGACACGGAUGUCUAUGCGCACGAUAUUGGUCUCAUCGCCAUCAAGGGCAAGGACGGCAAGCUCGCAGGCUUCAACGUGCUCGCCGGUGGUGGCAUGGGUACCACGCACAACAACAAGAAGACGUACCCCCAGAUCGGUCGCCACCUCGGCUUCUGCACGCCGGAUCAGGUCCACAUUGCGUGCGAGAAGAUCAUGCUCGUGCAGCGCGACAACGGUGACCGCAAGAACCGCAAGCACGCGCGUCUCAAGUACACCAUUGACGACAUGGGUGUUGAUGUCUUCCGCGGCAAGGUCGAGGAGCUGUGGGGCCGCAAGUUUGAGAAGCAGCGCCCCUUUGAGUUCAAGAGCAACGUCGACACCUUCGGCUGGCAGAAGGACGAGACUGGUCUCAACCACUUCACCUUCUUCAUCGAGAACGGCCGCAUCGAGGACACGACGGCGUUCCAGAUGAAGACGGGCCUCCGCGAGUUGGCCAAGCUCGGUAAGGGCGAGUUCCGCCUCACGGGCAACCAGCACCUCAUCCUCAGCAACAUUGCCGACGCGGAGCUCGACGAGAUCAAGGCUCUGCUGAAGAAGUUCAAGCUUGACAACCUCCAGUUCUCGUCCCUGCGUCUGAGCUCGUCGGCCUGCGUGGCGUUCCCCACGUGCGGUCUCGCCAUGGCUGAGUCCGAGCGCUACCUGCCCGUGCUCAUCGACAAGCUCGAGGCGACGCUCGAAGAGGCCGGCCUUAAGCGCGAUUCGAUUGUCAUGCGCAUGACGGGCUGCCCCAACGGCUGCGCGCGUCCCUGGCUCGCCGAGGUCGCCUUUGUUGGAAAAGCAUUCGGCGCCUACAACAUGUACCUGGGUGGUGGAUACCACGGCCAGCGCCUCAACAAGCUGUACAGGUCGAGCAUCAAGGAGGACGAGAUCCUGGCCAUCAUGAGGCCGCUGCUCAAGCGGUACGCGGCCGAGAGGGAGAAGGGCGAGCGCUUUGGCGACUUCUGCAUCCGCGUGGGUGUCAUUGUCGCGACCCGUGAGGGCCGCGACUUCCACGACAACAUGCAGGUUGCCGAGGAAGAGUCUGACGAGGAGUAA